GCGGGGAAGCGACCGCUGGCUGAGGAGCGUGCGGGCUGAGGCCCCUCGGCGCCGGCGGCCAUGGACCUCGGGGCGGCGGCGGAGCCGGGCGCCGGCAGCCAGCGCCAGGAAGUCCGCGACGAGGUGGCCGAGAAGUGCCAGAAGCUCUUCCUGGAUUUCCUGGAGGAGUUCCAGAACAGUGAUGGAGAAAUUAAGUACUUGCAGUUAGCAGAGGAGCUCAUCCGUCCUGAGAGAAACACAUUGGUUGUGAGUUUUGUGGACCUGGAGCAAUUUAACCAACAACUUUCUACCACCAUUCAAGAAGAGUUCUAUAGAGUUUACCCUUACCUAUGUCGGGCCUUAAAAACUUUUGUCAAAGACCGAAAAGAGAUUCCUCUUGCCAAGGAUUUUUAUGUUGCAUUCCAAGACCUGCCUACCAGACACAAAAUUCGAGAACUCACCUCAUCCAGAAUUGGUUUACUGACUCGAAUCAGUGGGCAGGUAGUACGGACUCACCCCGUUCACCCAGAGCUUGUGAGUGGAACAUUCCUAUGCUUGGACUGUCAGACAGUAAUCAAGGAUGUAGAACAGCAGUUCAAAUACACACAACCAAAUAUCUGCCGAAAUCCAGUUUGUGCCAACAGAAGGAGAUUCUUGCUGGACACAAAUAAAUCAAGAUUUGUGGAUUUUCAAAAGGUUCGUAUUCAAGAGACUCAAGCUGAGCUUCCUCGAGGGAGUAUCCCCCGAAGUUUAGAAGUGAUCUUGAGAGCUGAAGCUGUGGAGUCAGCUCAAGCUGGUGACAAGUGUGACUUUACAGGGACUCUAAUUGUUGUGCCUGAUGUCUCUAAGCUUAGCAUACCAGGAGCGCGUGCAGAAACUAAUUCCCGUGUAAGUGGUGUUGAUGGAUAUGAGACAGAAGGCAUUCGAGGACUCCGGGCUCUUGGUGUUAGGGACCUUUCAUACAGGCUGGUCUUUCUUGCCUGUUGUGUUGCACCCACCAACCCAAGGUUUGGAGGGAAAGAACUCCGAGAUGAGGAACAGACUGCUGAGAGCAUUAAGAACCAAAUGACUGUGAAGGAGUGGGAGAAAGUGUUUGAAAUGAGUCAGGAUAAAAAUCUGUACCACAAUCUCUGUACCAGCCUGUUCCCUACUAUACAUGGCAAUGAUGAAGUAAAACGGGGUGUCCUGCUGAUGCUCUUUGGUGGUGUUCCAAAGACAACAGGGGAAGGAACCUCUCUUCGAGGGGACAUAAAUGUUUGCAUUGUUGGUGACCCAAGUACAGCUAAGAGCCAGUUUCUCAAGCACGUGGAGGAGUUCAGCCCCAGAGCUGUCUACACUAGCGGCAAAGCAUCCAGUGCUGCUGGCUUAACAGCAGCUGUUGUGAGAGAUGAGGAAUCUCAUGAAUUUGUCAUUGAAGCUGGAGCUUUGAUGCUGGCUGAUAAUGGUGUAUGUUGUAUUGAUGAAUUUGAUAAGAUGGAUGUGCGGGAUCAAGUCGCUAUUCAUGAGGCUAUGGAACAGCAAACCAUCUCCAUCACUAAAGCAGGAGUGAAGGCUACUCUGAAUGCCAGGACAUCCAUUUUGGCAGCAGCAAACCCAAUCAGUGGACAUUAUGACAGAUCAAAGUCGUUGAAACAAAAUAUAAAUUUGUCAGCCCCCAUCAUGUCCCGAUUUGAUCUCUUCUUUAUACUUGUGGAUGAAUGCAAUGAGGUUACAGAUUAUGCUAUUGCCCGACGUAUAGUAGAUUUGCAUUCAAGAAUUGAGGAUUCGAUUGAUCGUGUCUAUUCCCUUGAUGAUAUUAGGAGGUAUCUUCUCUUUGCAAGACAGUUUAAACCCAAGAUUUCUAAAGAGUCCGAGGACUUCAUUGUGGAACAGUAUAAACGUCUCCGCCAGAGGGAUGGCUCUGGAGUAACCAAGUCUUCAUGGAGGAUUACAGUGCGACAACUUGAGAGCAUGAUCCGUCUCUCUGAAGCAAUGGCUCGAAUGCACUGCUGUGAUGAGGUCCAACCUAAACAUGUGAAGGAAGCUUUUAGGUUACUGAAUAAGUCAAUCAUCCGUGUAGAAACACCUGAUGUUAAUCUAGAUCAAGAAGAAGAGGCCCAGAUGGAGGUAGAUGAGGGCCCAGAUGGCAUCAAUGGUCCUGUUGACAGCCCUGCUCUUGUGAAUGGAAUCAAUGGCCAUAGUGAAGACAUAAACCAAGAUUUGGUUCCUAAAGCCUCCUUAAGGCUGAGCUUCCCUGAGUACUGCCGAAUAUCUAACCUUAUUGUGCUUCACCUCAGGAAGAUGGAGGAAGAAGAGGAUGAGUCGGCAUUAAAGAGAAGUGAGCUUGUUAACUGGUACUUGAAGGAAAUCGAAUCAGAAAUAGAUUCUGAAGAGGAACUUAUAAAUAAAAAGAGAAUCAUAGAGAAAGUCAUUCAUCGACUCACCCACUAUGAUCAUGUUCUAAUUGAACUCACCCAAGCUGGAUUGAAAGGCUCCACAGAAGGAAGUGAGAGCUAUGAGGAAGAUCCCUACUUGGUAGUUAACCCUAAUUACUUGCUUGAAGAUUGAAAUACUGAAAGUAUCUGAGAGACUGUUGCCCUUCCCUCCUGGCCUGGAGUCUGGAUGUAGCUCUACUAGCAAGAGAAAUGUUUCUGGGGCAAGACUUCAGGAAGAUUUAUUUUGAGGAAUAAGAACCUUGUUGCUGGUCUUGGUUUCUGUAACUAAGACCUUCGUUUCACAUGUAUAAGAAAAAGUCCAGUACUUCUUUGGUAUGAGAAUAGCUUUUUACAAUUGCCAGCUACUGCUUUUCUUCAUCAAAAUAAAAUGAUGUAUUCUGCA